AUGCAGUCUAGCCAAACGUCCCAAGAGAACUACUAUACAGCAAUCAAACCAACAACAGAAACCACAGGAACCACAGAAAAUGGCGCAUUAUCAACCUAUGCCCAGUCAACUACAACAAAGAAUUCACAAAAUCUUCAUCAGACUAUGGAAAUCGUUGUUGUCUCUCUCUCGCUUCUCAUCAUCACCUUAUUACUCGUCUGGAUCUUCUGUCUCCGGAAACGAUGGCAAAAGAACCGUGUUGCUCCACACCAAAAACUCUCUUCGGCUGUUGACCUCGAAAAGGGCUACGCUGUCAGUAUUCAUGCUCCACCGCAGGCAUUUUAUCAUCCGUUCCUGAAGAGUCAGCCUCUGUCUAUAGUAAUGCCUGAGAAGAGUUGUGACACCAACCUUGUGGUUGUAUUUGCUGGUCAAACACAAUCCCAAUCUCAAUCCCAAUCACAGCCUCAGUCACCACUACAAACACCACAACGAACACACUCACACUCACUGCUAAAUAAACCUACACGACGGUACUCAUCCCCAUUUGUCGAUAUUCCAUUUCGUGCUCUGAUGCACUCAGCUAUUCGGACACCCAUUCUUACUAAUUCAAGCCUCAACACUCUUCCUCGAGUAAAACUACCCCGACAUCCGAUGGGCAGAUUGUACGGACGAAGAGCAGUGAGUUUCACACCCUCGAGAAAGGUCCCACUUCAGAUUGCAUGCUGGAUGGUUUCACGCAAGAAUAAAUCAGCUGCUUCUUGGUAUGAGACCCAAACAAUAGAGAAUGACAACAAAUACAAACGAUCGUCGGUCUGA